AUGGGCCGGAGGAAGAUUGAGAUUAGAGCCAUCAAAGAUGAUCGGAAUCGUUCGGUGACUUUCCUCAAGCGCAAAGGCGGCCUCUUCAAAAAGGCGUACGAACUUUCCGUUCUUUGUUCCGUUGAUGUUGCAGUCAUCAUCUUUGGCCACAACAAGAAACUCUACGAGUUCUCAUCCGGCGACAUCAAUGAGACCCUAAGACGCUAUCAAUAUUACGGGCAACCACAUGAACACAAGGGACCUGGGGACUUCAAGAACAAGGGUGGCGAUGAUGACGACGACGAAGAUGAUGAGGACGAUGCUGGCCCUCCCCGCGAGGGCUCGCUCCCACCUCAGCACGCCAUGCCUCACAUGCAACACCACAAUUCUUUUGCCCAUAUCCAGCAGCCCAUGGCUUCCGUCUCUCCUCCCAUGCCCAAUGGCAUGUUUCCUCGUCAUCCCACACCUCAACCUCCCCACAUGAUCUCCAGGCCACCUUCACAGAAUAUGGUUCGACGGACAAGUUCCAACCUGGUUCCUCUGCAACAACCUCAUCCCACCCCACCUCCCCCCCAGAAUGGAUUUGCCUACGUACCGAACCCACCCAUAUACAAUCCUCAAGCACCCGCUAUCGGUCCCCCUCAUCCUUCGCCUCAACCCCAGUAUCAGCCGUUUCCAGCCCAGCAACAUCAACAUCCGCAACCCACUCCUCCACCGCCAACUCAAUCACAUCAGCAGAUGCAACAGGCCCAUCAGCAAUAUCUACAUGAACAGCGACGAGCGUCCCAACCUCCUCCCCCGCCUCCCACGAUAUCUCAGCCUACAUUGCAGCCACCAGCCCAGCCACAACCGCGCACCUCUCCUCGCCCCGAAAAUCAAUCACUGAGACCACCGGAGCAGAAUAGCCCACCACAACCGAAACACCUCUCCUCCAAAUCUCGAAGUAUCUUUACUCCAAUCGACGAAGGAGGCUCCGUCCUGGCACAACAUUUCUUUGGAGCACCUGAUCCUCCGAAGCCCCCCAAGCGAGAAGACGAUCUGGCUGACAUCAAACCUCCACCACGGAAUAUUACCGCCAAUUCAGUCCCACGUCCAUCCUCGCAACCCAGUAGUCGGCCACAGACAACUGUCCCCGAAUUUGCUCCUCCGCAGCGCACAAACACAUCUGGUUCCAAAUCUGGGGCUCGGCCUAAACUGAACCUUCAGAUCCCCGCAGAAGCUGAGGAUGAUUCUCCCAGUGGAUCGCCGGCACAGUCAGCAGGCCCCUCUGCGAAUCCCGCAAGAGGCGGAGAUCAUAUUGUCCUGCCGCCUCCCUCUCCCAGCGCCUCCGCAGUCAUGUCAGCUGGCGCAUCUGGACCUCCAAAUCCUUUUGCUCGACCUCCUCCUCCCACCUCAAACCAAAACCGGGACGCCUAUGGUGACAACCGAAAUAAUAUUGAAACUCCCAUAUCAGCUUUACCGAGUCGGUAUAUGAAUACUGAUCUGUUACCCAGUCCGAGCAACUUCUUCAGCGAGUGGUAUGACUCCGGACGAAAUAAUUCGGCGGUUCUUCCAAGCCCACUAGUCUUUCCAACACCUGCAGAUGCUAGGACAGGGAUGGGGUUCAACGGUCGAGAUGGCUCUUCCGAGUCCAAUGGGGAAAAGAGGAAAACCAGCAUUGACAUGCAGGACAGAGAGGGAGACGCGAAAAAAGUCAAGACGUGA